AUGGGGGUCUAUGGGGUGUCUAUGGGGGUCUAUGGGGUGUCUAUGGGGGUCUAUGGGGUGUCUAUGGGGUCCUACUGGGUGUCUAUGGGGGUCUAUGGGGUGUCUAUGGGGCUCUAUGGGGGUCUAGGGGGCUCUAUGGGGGUCUAUGGGGUCUAUGGGGUGUCUAUGGGUGUCUAUGGGGGGGCUAUGGGGGGGCUAUGGGGGGCUAUUGGGGUCUAUGGGGUGUCUAUGGGGGUCUAUGGGUGUCUAUGGGGUGUCUAUGGGGGGGCUAUGGGGGUCUAUGGGGGUCUAUGGGGGGGUAUGGGGGUCUAUGGGGGUCUAUGGGGGUCUAUGGGGGUCUAUGGGGGUCUAUGGGGUCUAUGGGGGGUCUGUGGGGGCUCUAUGGGGGUCUAUGGGGGUCUAUGGGGUGUCUAUGGGGUCCUAUGGGGGGGGGAUCUAUGGGGGGUCUAUGGGGGGCUAUGGGGUGUCUAUGGGGUCUCUAUGGGGGUCUAUGGGGUCUCAUGGGGUCUCUAUGGGGGGUCUAUGGGGUGUCUAUGGGGUGGCUCUAUGGGGGUCUAUGGGGUCUUUGGGGUGUCUAUGGGGGUCUAUGGGGUGUCUGUAGGGCUCUAUGGGGUCUCUUUGGGGUUUUUUAUGGGUCUAUGGGGUUUUACAAGGGGUCUUUGGGGGUCUGUGGGUGUCUAUGGGGUGUCUAUAGGGCUCUAUGGGGGGUCUAUGGGGUUUCUAUGGGGGUCUGUGGGGGUCUAUAGGGUUUCUAUGGGGCUUUAUGGGGCUUCUAUGGGGAUAUGUGGGGUUCUGUGGGGUCUCUAUGGGGUUCCAUGGGGGUCUAUUGGGGCUUCUAUGGGGUCUCUAUGGGUCCCUAUGGGGUCCCUAUGGGUCCCUAUGGGUCUCUAUGGGUCCCCAUGGGGUCUCUAUGGGUCCCUAUGGGUCCCUAUGGGUCUCUAUGGGGUCUCUAUGGGUCUCUAUGGGGUCUCUAUGGGUCCCUAUGGGUCUCUAUGGGUCCCUAUGGGUCCCUAUGGGUCUCUAUGGGUCUCUAUGGGUCUCUAUGGGUCCCUAUGGGUCUCUAUGGGUCUCUAUGGGUCUCUAUGGGUCCCUAUGGGUCCCUAUGGGUCCCUAUGGGUCUCUAUGGGUCUCUAUGGGUCUCUAUGGGUCCCUAUGGGGUCUCUAUGGGUCUCUAUGGGGUCUCUAUGGGUCUCUAUGGGUCUCUAUGGGUCUCUAUGGGUCUCUAUGGGUCUCUAUGGGUCCCUAUGGGUCCCUAUGGGUCUCUAUGGGUCUCUAUGGGUCCCUAUGGGGUCUCUAUGGGUCUCUAUGGGGUCUCUAUGGGUCUCUAUGGGUCUCUAUGGGUCUCUAUGGGGUCCCUAUGGGUCUCUAUGGGUCUCUAUGGGUCUCUAUGGGGUCCCUAUGGGUCUCUAUGGGUCUCUAUGGGGUCUCUAUGGGUCUCUAUGGGUCUCUAUGGGGUCUCUAUGGGGUCUCUAUGGGGUCUCUAUGGGUCUCUAUGGGUCUCUAUGGGUCUCUAUGGGUCUCUAUGGGUCCCUAUGGGUCUGA